GGUCCAGUCAGCAGAGGAGCAACGAUGCAUUUUUACCAAGUCUUUACAUCAACUUUAAAUUAGAAACAAAGCUCCACCUGAUCCAGAAGGUUUGAUUCAUAAACCUGGUUCUGGAAUUUUGACAAACUGAGGCGCCGACAUGAUGAGCCGACGACAAGGAAACACGAUGGGUAGGAACUGCUGUGAAAACCCAAGCAGAACCUCCAAGCUGCCAGCAGGGGGAGUAGUUCUGCUGGUUCUGGUCGGUCUGCUGGCUGCUGCUCUCAUCAUCAUCUACAGACUCUCUGUUGCUGUUUUGAUGACCAAUCAAACCGUCCAAACCCUGAAAGAGGAAAAUGAAGCUCUGAAGAGAAAUCAAUCAGGAGUUAAUCUGAGCAGAACAAUGCAGGAAAAAUGUCCUUCACGUCCAACAUGUCCUCCACCUCCAACAUGUCCGCCACCUCCAACAUGUCCUCCACCUCCAACAUGUCCUCCACCUCCAACAUCUCCUCCACAUCCUGAAGUGAAACAUGAAACUUGCCUGAAAUGUGCAGCAGGAUGGGAGAAACGUGCAGGAAGCUGUUAUUAUUUUAACACCAAUAAAUCCUCCUGGACUGACAGCAGACGUUCCUGCAUUGAUCAUGGAUCAGACCUGGUGAAGAUCGACAGCAGAGAGGAGCAGAUGUUCCUGCAAUCUAAGCUGAAGGAGAAAAUGAAUACUCCUUUGGACGCGUUCUGGAUCGGACUGAUGGACUCACAGACAGAAGGCAGAUGGUUCUGGGUGGACGGGUCACCUCUGGACCCAAGUUUACGAUUCUGGUAUAAGGGAGAACCAAAUAACUCGGCCGGAACGAACCCAGCAGGAGAGGAUUGUGUGAUGAUGGUGAAGACAGAAAAUAUCAAAGAUCUGAAUAAUUGGGUUGAUCAUUCCUGUCAUGUUCAAAUCAAAAGUGUCUGUGAGAAACCAGCAGAAAUGUGAUUGUUUUUAUCAGGUACAAACAUUUAAGACGUUUUUUUCUGUCUGGACUGAAUUAAGAUGCAAAAAGUCAGAUUUAAAUUUAGACUUUUAAUUUACUUUCACAUGAUGUGUUAUUGCUGAUUGGAGAUUUAUAAAUAAACUAAAUAGA